UGUUAUAAAGGUUGUAUAUUUGUGUUGUAUCUUUUUUUGUUUGAUAUCGCAAAGAAAAAUAAGGCCAUAUUUGCAGAAACAUAACGAAUUUUUCGCAUGCCAGCUGCUUCAUCCCUAUUAGUACCCUGGUGUGGACGCGCUAAUCGAAUGAAUGAUGCUUGAACCCAUUCAUUUAGUUGUCAACCAACCGACUGUUGUGACACUUGUGGUAACUUCGGGUGUGUCCAUCCGUAAACCAAAAACUUUUCAGACAGCUUUUAUGAAUUAAUUAUGAUAAAUUAGUUAAUUAAAUACUUCCAUUAUGAAAGAACUUUAUAAAUUUGUUUUGAUAUCGGCAGCUUUAGCUUCAGUAUCAGGAAGCGGAGGAAUCAAUGAAGUAUUCGUGCCGCCUAAAGUAGAAGGGCAGGAUGUAGUGACAUGGUGUACUACCUCUAUAGCGGCGCAGGAGAAAUGUGAGAAGCUGACGAAGAUUGCUCAGUUGGACAAAGGCCUCCUCGGAGCUGAUUAUAUCGAAAUACAGUGUAAACGGGCUUUUGACACAGAACAAUGCAUGGCCUGGGUGGACCAAGGGGAAGCUUCUCUACUGGCCCUUGAUGCUGGGGAAGUGUAUGUGGCUGGCCGCUACCACUCUCUCGUGCCUAUAAUGCAGGAAUUGUAUGGUCGGGGAGAACCAUACCAAUACGCUGUGGCAGUAGUCAACAAAGGAGGCUUGCCCAAUGUCCAACCUGGGACAGGUCUGUACGGGCUGCGUGGGGCCAAGGCCUGCUUCCCUGGCGUCGGGUCCUUGGCUGGAUGGGUCAUGCCUAUACAUACUCUAAUGCAAGAAGGUGGGCUAAGGAUAGCAGACUGCAACAACCACGUCAAGUCAGCGAUCGAAUUCUUUGGGGACUCUUGCGCGCCCAACUCUUUGAAGGACAUGUACAACCCCAUUGGCGACAACCCUGACCAGCUUUGCAAGUUAUGUGUCGGCGGCGCCGGUAUCCGCUGCACCCUGGCGGACCCGUACGCCGGCUACGAGGGCGCCCUGAAGUGCCUCGUGGCCAACGCCACCGGCGACGUUGCCUUCGUGCGGGACACCACCAUACAGCACGCGUUACUGUCUACCAAGAUCAUAGGAGACGUGUCCCCGGAGCGCUUCGAGCUGAUCUGCCGCGACGGCUCGCGGCGGCCCGUGACGCAGUGGGAGGACUGCAACUGGGGCCGCGUGCCGGCCGACGCGGUCGUUACCAGCAGUGCCAAUUCAUUGCAACAGAGAAAACGCUACCAAAACCUAAUCCAAAAGCUGGUCCAACUGUACGGCGAACCAAAUCCCCUAAACAAAAACUCGAACCGCACAGCGUCCUACCAGUCCCGAGACGGCUACGGGAACGCAUACACUUCUACCACAGAGCGGUAUCCGUAUGACCCGUACAGGAGGACCUAUAAUGAUAGGAGCCAUGAGAGGGUGGAUAAUGAAGACAAUGAGUUAAGCAUUAGCACGGAGUCGUCUUUUCAGCCUAGAAAGGAUAUAAACGGGCACAGUAUAGAGUCACCUUUCCGGUUGUUCAAUUCCAACGGCACCACCGAUUUACUAUUGCAGGACGCCACAAUAAACUUCCGUAUACUCCAAGAAGAAGAACAAGCAGCCAAGCACAUCCUGAAUAACCAGUACGUAGGAGACCAAGCCGAGAAGGCAGUGUUCAACAUCAGAAACUGCCCUAUUAAGAGGAUGAUACUGUGUGUCACCAGUGACGCCGAGAUGGACAAGUGUGUUAAAAUGAGGGUGGCCCUAAAGGCAGCGUAUCUCCAACCGUCGCUGAUCUGCUGGCGCGGCCACAGCACGCGGCACUGCGAGCGCUCCGUGGCCUCCGGAGUGGCUGACGUCGCCGUCAUGGACCCCGGGGACAUGUUACACGCGGCCAUGGCGCAUAGACUUGUUCCUUUUAUGCAGGAGGUAUAUUCAAGCGGCAAGAACUGGUACUACGCAGUGGCCGUCGCAAAAGAACAAGACCCGGACACCGAUCUCACGUAUCUCCGCGGCAAAAACUCGUGUCACACGGGCCUAGGUCAGGCUGCCGGGUGGAUCUUCCCACUUGCCUACCUUAUAUCCAACGGGUGGAUUCGUUCAUACGGCUGCGACGGCGCGCACGCGGCGGCGCAGUACUUCACGAAGGCGUGCGCGCCCGGCGCGCUCAGCACCGAGUACGUGGACGCCGACACCGUGCCGCACGACAACCUGUGCCAUCUCUGCCACGGCGCCGCCUUUAGACGAUGCCGCCGCGACGCCAGCGAGGACUACUACGGGCACGUGGGCGCCGUCCGCUGCAUGGUGGAAGGAGGGGGAGACGUGGCGUUCGUCCGGCACACCGCGCCUGCCGAGGUCUCCGGCGGCCGCCGCGCCGAGUGGUGGGCGAGGGACCUCCUGCCUGAUGACCUGCAGCUGCUCUGUCCUGACGGAACCCGCGCAAAAAUGCACGAAUACAAGCACUGUAACCUGGGCAAGGUCCCGGGUUCGGUUCUCAUGGGCCGCGCUAACCACACCGAGCUCGACACGUAUUCCAACCUCAUGGUGUAUGCGCAGCAACUGUAUGGAGCCACGGCGACUGAUGAGUUCAGCUUCAGCAUGUUCGACUCCAAACCCCCAUACUCCGACCUGAUCUUCAGCGACGCGGCCGUCCAACUGAAGCCCUUACCCCACAAACAACGCUCCGCGGAGCUCAUCGCCGGCUCCGCUCUGCUCCGAGCGGCGAAAAUAGUCUCCUGCGAUGCUCCGCAGUCCGCCUACUAUGUGGCAGCCGAUGCUGACUUCUUGUCACAUGCUUAUAGGACAGGGAUGGUGGGAUAUGUACUGGCUGUAGCUUUGUUUCUAAUGGCGCUACUUCGAUAAAUAGCCAUCACGUUUAGGAUAUACUGUGAGGAUAUCUGCCUAAAAAAAGCUCUUUAGAACGAGCUUACCUUGUAGGACACAACAUAACUUCUGUUAGCAUUUCCCCAAAUUAGUAUGCCGUAACUCGUAAUACUGUGAAGGAAAACAAAGUAAUAAAAAUACUUAAGUAUGAUUUAAAAUAUGAACGAGGUUGAUCCCCUAUAUUUAAGUACCAUGUGUAUAAAUAUUUGAAUAAUUAACUAACUCGAAGCUAACUAGUACACAACUCUACCACAUAGUAGUUUAAUUUGAUCUGACUACUUGAAAUAUUGUAAGGUGUUUUAAUGUAAGUAAUAAUUUUGUGCUGCUAACUAAAAUAUUAAUCCGUCCCAAACGCCUUAAUAUUAGAAUAUUGAAUUUCAGUAUUAGAUGCAGUAAACUGACUGCAUAUAAUAAGAGUAUGUAUCGACGUAUGGUACACUUAUUUAAUGCUUUAUGAUAUGAUGUGAAUGCGAUUUCAUUUUAUUCUAAACUAGUUCUGAGUAUCACUUUUGUGAGAACAGCUAAUUAAAAUUUUUAACCAACUUCAAUUUCAUAGGAGGAGGUUCGGUUGUGGCUAUUUUUAUGCAUUAUUAUUAUCUAUGUAUGUAGAGAAUUUUAUUUUGAUUUUAUAAUGUGAAGUUAUAUUGAUAUUUUAUCUAAUCUUAUACACUGUCACUGUCAAUCUUACAAAACUUAUAUUAGUUUUUUACAUCAUUGACUGAACCUACAUAUUUUAUGUGCCUUUGUACAGCUUUAGAUUUUAUUUUGUAGUGAUAUAGACAUGCAUUUCUGAGGUAGGUAAGGUAGAAUUAAGUUUAAUUACAAAGAAUCUCGUAAUGAUAUUCCGUCCAAUAAAGGUUUUUUUCAGGUAUUUAGACUGACAUUUUAUCAUGCAUACUAUGAAUUAUAGUAGUGAAACUUUUUCCUUUGUUUGUUUUUAUUAUCUCUUAUAAUAUCUAAUCUAUAUUUACAUUUUACUUUCACUUUAUUUUAAUAUGAAUAUUAUAAUUUUUUUCAUAUACAUAUCUCUGUGUCUAUCUCACUUAAAAUUAAAUAAACUAGGAAUUUUUGCUUCUACUUUUUUUUAUUGUAUUACAAUGUGAAUGUCAUGUUUUUACAUGUAAGUAAAGAAAUAAAAGUGAUUUUAAUACAA